AUUACUGCCAGAAAAUUGUGUUUAUCCGCUGAGUGGACAAUUUACGAAAAAGAAUUCCCGAAUUUGUUUGAAGGAAUACCGCUUGAUGAUAACGUGUGUUUCAACUCGGGAAAUGUGUUAUGUUAGGUACACCGGUUAUUAGUGUUAAAGUUAGGGGCUCGGAUUGGCAAUAAGUAUAUAUAUAAUACAAAUGCGGAGGAAUCGCUUUGAUCUUCCGAUAUUCCCGCUUAUUGAAGUGUACCGCAUAAUAGCACUAUGUAUGAUAAGACCAUGCUGCCAUCCGACUAAGUUUUACUGUAUGUACAUUCAACUCAAGUGCACGACACGUGAGAAGUGACAGUUUUGGACAGAACUGUGUAUGUCUGGAGGAAGAGGAAUAUGCUUGAAUGCCGAUUUAGCUUCGUCCUUGUCGUCCAUUUGGGUGGGUAAACAGCAUUAUGCUGGAUCAACUCAACUGCGUGAAUAACAAAGACGGGGACAUAGAGCGGUCGGACCAUUCCCGACUGUCACCAACUUUUCGGUAAGUGUUUAUAAUGGAACAUGUCAGUCCUGUUGAAAGCCAGGAAAGAUAUAUGUUAAACAAAAAGCUUAGAUCACCAAAUCAACUUGGUGAAAACAACACAAUGGACUCGUUUCAAGAUGGAGGCCAGCAAAACAUGAACACUGAACAGAAUGAUUUCAUGAAUCCAAUGGACGGGCCCCACAUGAAUGCAGACAUGAACAGUUAUCCCCCAUCGUCUAGAGAACAGAUGAUGGGGGUUGACAGUUACAGCAGAAUGAAUCAAAACAUGCAUCCUAGUCAAAUGUCGGGGUAUAAUGCGUACAACCGAGAGAAUUUCAACUCUGGCGACCAACAACAUGGCGGUAUGCAGAUGACAGGAAGUGGCGAUUUUGCAAAUCAAAAUUCGCCUUUCCCGGGUCAGUAUUCACAAUCCAAUGCCAGAUCAGGUUUUCAAAGCAAUGUCAAGCCUGUCAUGGGCUCCAUACGCCCAGGAAUGGCCCCACCUGGAGGGGGUAUGAUGCCAGGGUACCCCCAGUCACAAAGGAAUAUGUUGUCGGGGCAAACCAUUUCACAACAAGGUGGCCCUACCCCAACACUUAAUCAACUCUUACAGAACCCAAAUGCACCUCCUACCAGGAUGCCAUCAAACAGUUAUGACUUUCCGCAGAAAGGGGGUAUGGACAUGGGGAACCCAAACAUGCCCUAUGGAAUGCAGCCUGGUUGGGGAGGGAACCAGCGACCCAUGGGAAACUAUCCUCAAGGUCCCAUGUCAAUGCCAGGAACGCCUUAUAGAAAUCAGAGUAUGGGAGAAAUGAACCAACCAAGACCGGGUUACACCUCACCAGGCAACUACCCGCCCCAGAGUCAGUACGGCCAGCAAUUCUCGCCCAAUUCACGCUUUGGCAUGAUGAGUGGUAAUUCCAGUCGCCCUAACCAGAUGGGAAGCCAGGGGUUUUCAAACCAGGGUGUUCCCUACGGUCACCAGCAACAAUAUGGUCAGCAACAGUCUAACCCUGUGUCUACUGGAUACUGUGGGUCACCCUCUCAACCUUCUCCUUCUUGCUCGUCCUUGCUUCAACCUCACCCUCCAUCUCAGCAGCUACCCCCACAGAUGUCGGGCCAGCCCCCGGGGCCCACACCUCCUCCACCUGGAGCGCGACCGUCACCAUCGCCGUCUGAAUCAUCUGUACAUUCUCUGCCACAACAAUCAUCGCCAUCACCAUCACAGUCUUCAUCAACACGUCAACAGCAACAACCUCCAAACACAGCAUCAUCGUCACCAAAGCAGCAGCAACAGUCAGCCCAACCCACCAGUCAAAAUCAACAGUCAAGUCCUGUAGGAAGCAAUUCCAGUUGGAGUGCCUCAAACAAAAAAGCCAAUGAGGAUAGUGAAGUUACAGCGGAUUCCCGGAGUGGCGAUGACUUAGGAUGUGAUCCCUCCCGAAACACACCAACCCCUACAGGUGUCCAUCCUGCAGUGGCAGCACUCCGCCCUGCACCCUCACCUGCUGGCUCAACAGGGUCAAGGUCAAAUACCCCUGCCUCUCUGUCAGGUAGUACCCAGGCAGGGAGUCCUAUGCCAACUCGCCCCUCUUCUGAUGGACAAAACACUCGCAUGACGCAGUCACCGAUGGCUACUCAAGGUUACAACCAGCAGAUGAUGCCACCACCAAUGGGUCCAAACCAGGGGAACUUCGGACCUGGAAGUGGUGGUAAGAUUCCUGGUAGUGGCAUGGGAGGUAACUCCGUGGGUGGACACUAUCCUCAGUAUAACUCUCACUUCUCUCAGCCAGGAAUGUACCCUGGUAGGCAAGGCGGCAAUAUGCAGGGAAACGCUGUGAUGCAGAACUACCCUCAACAGAAUAUGUACAAUGGUCCAAGUCACGGGAAUGCUAACAUGUAUAACAAUAUGCCUAUGGGCAACAGGAACUAUCCUAUGUACAGUAGUGGACAGAAUAGCAUGAUGAAUGUGAACAAUCAGUAUGGUAAUAGUUAUGGGAACCAUAUGGGUCAAGGAUCAGGCCCUGGUCCGGGUCCGGGUCCAGUUCCGGGUCCAGGUCCAGGUCCAGGUCCUGGUCCAGGUCCUGGUCCUGGUCCUGGUCCUGGUCAGAACUCGGGGCCAGGGCCAGGGCCUGGUUCUGGGCCUGGUCCUGGUCCUGGUCCAGGUCCAGGUGCCAGUCCUGGGCCUGGAGUCUCUGUAGUCCCAGGAGGUCCAAGCCCUGGACCAAUCGGUCCCAAUGCUGGUGGUCCCAGCCCCGGACCCAAUGGUCCAAGUAGUGGAGGUCCAAGUCCUGGGCUGGGGCUGGGACCUGGGAGUCAUUCAGGGAUGUCUCAAAACAGUGGCAUGGCAGGAUCCCUGGGCCAACAAGGACAAAACAUGGCGGCAAGUAGUCCAGGACAACCAGUUGGAGCAACUGUCCCUGCAGUUAAAGGUGCACAGGCGGCUGCUCAAGCUGCUUUGAUAGCGGCGGCCAAUUCUGCAAAAGGUCAACAACCAGUGGCAGUACGUCCCACCAUGACAAAUCCGCAAAGAAUGUAUACGCCACCACAGCAAAUGGGCCAAAUGAAUCAAAUGAACCAUGUAGGAUAUGGGCACAACUUCAACUCUAACAUACCAAACUCAAAUAUGAAUCAGUUGCCCAACUCGCAUUCGCCAGUGCCUAAUUCUAGUUCAAUGGGUGGCCAUUUACCAUGUACUUCACCAUCUACAAUGCCCAACGAUAAUAAUAGCAUGUCUGUACCAAUAUCUAGUAGUGUUCCUAAUAGUUCUUUACCAAAUAGUAUAGGCGGCAAUAAUAACAAUGGUUCCAUGUUGCCAGCAACGUCUGUGCAACAGAACAUUUCAUCUGGUAGUAUGCCGUCUGAUAAUUCAGUUAUAUCGUCAUCAUUAGCCUCUUCCAUGGAUUCAAAUAUGCCUUCAUCAAAUAUCCCUCCAUCUAGGACACCAAAUAUGCAACAGCAUGACUCUAAUUCAUCUAGCUCAACGUUAUCCAAUACAAGUGUUCCAAUUACUGAAAGUGAAGUUCAUUCUAGUGCUCCUGAUUCGACACAAAAUAGUCAACAUGACACUAAAAAGAAGGGCAGUAGUGACCCCCAGGGGGUAGCACCUGUGUGUAAUACGCCCAAUCAAAGCUCGGAUGUAGAUAGCAACUCCUCUGGUAUGACAAAGUCACACCACGAGAAUCAGUCAAUAGAUGGAAAGGAUCAAAGACUAAAUGCAAUGUCAUCAGACAGUGUACCAUCAGGCAUGCCAAUGGAGCAAGUAUCCUCACCAUUCUCAUCUAAGCAAGAAAUGCCCAUCACCACUACAGCAACUACAACAAACUCAGAUAUAAAAACGAUAGUCACUCAGAGCAUCACUAGCCCGGUGACGAGCAUUUCCGAGGCCGGGAACAGCAACGACAGCCAUCAGGACCACAUUCCCAUCCCCCCACAACCUAACUGUUUACCCAUGCCGCCGAUCCCUACGAUAGAGGAGGCUCCUGCCCCUCCCCCUCCAUCCACGGAGAAAAAGAAAAAGGAGGGUGUAUUGUCACAUCCACCUACUCCCGCCAGUUCAGUGGCACCAUCACCUGGCGGAGCCAGUAUUUCAUCUUGUCACGACGACUUUGACAAUAUCGCCAGUCCGGCUAGCUCCACAUCUGGCCCGGCGGUGGUUCCCUCGUGGGUCACCAUGACAAAGGGCGGUGGUGACGUAGCGAAGCUGUAUGAAAUGGGCAGCGAGCCUGAGCGAAAGUACUUCCUGGAUCGUCUAUUUGUGUUCCUCGAGGAGCGGUCGCAGCCUAUCACUUCUAUGCCCUCCAUCAGCAAGCAGCCCCUUGACCUAUACAGACUCUACCUAAUUGUCAGGGAUAAAGGUGGUAUGCUUGAGGUCACGAAGACAAAGAAAUGGAAGGAGAUAUGCGGACUGGUGAACAUCGGCACAUCUGCUAGUGCUGCUUUCACACUCAAGAAAAACUACAUCAAAUACCUCUUCUCAUACGAGUGCCAGUUUGACCGAGGUGGCACUGAUCCGGCACCCAUUCUUGCUCAAAUGGAAGCUCAACUACAGCAAAAACGAGAACAGAAGCACCGCCGGGCACCAUCACCAGCAGGUUCCCAGGGCUCUCAGGAUGCAUUCCGACCUCCAAGCACUCCAAAUAGCAACAGUCAGGGCAUGGAGGGUUUUCCACCUUCCAUGGGGCCCAACUACAUGCAAAACUCUGACCAUGGCAUGGGACCAAUGGGACCAGGCAUGCUGCCCCCUAACAGCAAUAUGAUGGGCAACAUGAUGGGUCCCAACUCCAUGGGAAUGCCACCAAACCACAUGCCCAACAGCAUGCAGCCAGGCAUGAUGGGAGGAAAUAUGGGGCCUAGUGGCAUGAUGGGAGGCUACUCUAACAACAUGAUGCCAGGCAUGCAUGGACAUGGACCCAACUCGGGCGGGCCCGGGGGUAUGAUGGGUAACAACAUGAUGCCACCCAUGGGUGGCAAUAUGGGGAUGCCAGGCAACAGUGGUAUACACAGUAACAGUGGAAUGCACAGUAACAGUGGCAUGCCAGGAAAUGGUGGGAUGCCAAAUAGUAUGCCAGGUAAUAGUGGUUUGCAUAACAACAGUGGAAUGCCUGGCAAUGGUGGAAUGCCUGUUGGCAGUGGUGGAAUGCCUGUUGGCAGUGGUGGAAUGCCUGUUAACAGUGGUAUGUCCAGUAAUAGUGGUAUGCCUGGAAACAGUAGUGGUAUGCCUGGUAGCAGUGGCAUGUCCAGCAAUAGUGGUAUUCCAGGAAAUAGUGGUAUUCCAGGUAACAACAGUGGCAUUCCUGGCAGCAGUAGUAUGCCCGGUAACAGCAACAUGCCACCUGGAAAUGGCAGCAUGUCUGGUAAUAGUGGCAUGCCAGGGAACAAUGGUAUGAUGACAGGCAUGCCCGCAAAUGCCAACAGUGAUAGUGUUACUUGUCAGGACCCAUUUGCUGACGAGCCACGCAAUGGACCAUAUCCCCGGCAAGGUGCCACAAACUCCCCCAUGCCAACCUACUCAGGAAUACCUCCCCAUCAGCCGCCCAGCAGCAGCGCAACCAAUACAUUCAACAGUAGCAGCAGCAACAACAGCAACAUGAAUCGUCCAAACAUGCCGGGUUUUAACAUGCCUAACCCAGCCAGUAUAAACAGUUUUGAGGGUGUUAGUGGUGGGCGUGGUGGGCCUGCACCCCUUGAACCCCAAUUUAGUGAGCCAUCAUCCUUCAGGCGGACAGACAGUUUUCCCAGCAGUUCACGGUCAACAGAGCCCAUCAUGAGCAGUCAGUUCAGCAGCACUAACACAAAUACAACCUCGGUCUCGUCCAUAGGAAGGCAGUUCCCAUUUGGUGAUCAGUUUACCAAACCUGAAAGGUUUGGUUCUCCCACAGCCCCUUCAGUGCAAUCUUCAUCCCCACAACUUCCUGUCAGCUCACAGCCGUCGGUCUCUCCCUCAUCCCAACAUCAACAACCAUCAACAGCCGCAUCCUCUUCUCAGAACAGCCAUCACCCUUCUGGUCCUCCCCAGGUUCCUCCCCAGCCCCCACAAGUAGACCCAAUGUAUUCGUCACGCUUCAGUGGCCAACAGCCAAUGAUGCCAUCGCAUCCAGGGUCUCAGGGACACAUAGAACAGUUUGGUGGACCCCCAAGUAACUAUCCUGCUAACCAGUCACCUCAAGCUGGCUAUCCAGGGGGCAAGCCAGGUAUGGGUGUUCCAGAACCAUACCCAGGCUACCCCAACCAACAGGGUCAGUUCCAGGGACCCAGGCCAUCCAUGGGACGCGAGAUGUCAAUGCCACCUAGUGGCAUGUAUGGUACGCCAAAUAAGCGGUACCCUCCUCACGAUGGCUAUAUGGGUCAAGGCUAUAGUCCCCAGUCAGGUUACUGUGAUUGGCCUAGUCCAGGCCCCAGCCCUUACCAGCAUCGGCCGAGUCGGGACAACAAGAUGUCGCCAUACGAUAACCAAAUGACACCUGAUGGGCGUCGAGACAUGCAGUUUUCACCAAUGUCUCAGCGAUUUCACCAGCAUGCAGGGCCAGGCUACCCUGGAGGCCCAGGGAUGGGUCCUGGUGGGCCAAACAUGCCCUACAUGCAGAGUCCCUACGGGGGUCGCAGUGGACAUCACAUGUCACCCCCUAGGGAAAAGUCCAUGUACAUGAUGUCUCCAUCAAAGCAGGUGCAGAAGCAGCAUAUGCCGGCAUUUGCUCCAAAGAAGGAGGUUACAUUUCCACCUGACAGUGUCGAGGCGGUCACUCCUGCACUGACCAAGCGGCGGCGACUGAACAAAGCUGAUGUGGGUCAGAUAGAGGCGUGGCGACUCAUGAUGGCUUUAAAAUCUGGUUUACUGGCAGAGAGUACAUGGGCUCUGGACACGCUUAACAUCCUUCUGUAUGAUGACUCAACCGUGUCUUACUUCAGUCUGAACCACCUACCGGGGCUGCUUGAAGUACUACUGGAACAUUUCAGACGAUGCCUUAUUGAAAUGUUUGGGGAGCCUUUCGUCUCGAUGGAGAAACAUGCCAUAGAUACACCGCUGCAAAAACUUGACAUCUUAGCAUCUGUUAAAAUAGAGGAUGUUAAGGAGGAAAUGGAAGUGGAAGAGGAACAAGAACAGGUAGAGGAGGUGGAAGAAAAGGAGGAAAAAGUUGCCGAUUUGAUUGACAAUGCUGGUAAUGGUGCUAAGUAUAGUGACAAAAAGUUGACUGAUUUCACCUUGACAACGAGGAAUGGACUAAAUGUCAAACUUGUAGAAACAGACGAGUUAGCACCAUCAGAUCCCAAGUCUUGGGAUGUAUAUUCAGGUUUCUCCUUUCAGCAAGAUCACUGGCAACUAGGCUGUGGAGAUACAUCUCGUCAUAUCGUUCCAUUCUUUGCUAGUGAAAAAGAGAAUAUGGUGUACAAAAACCUCUUCAUUCGACCUCCAAUGAAAUUGAAAGAUAUGAGUGAUUUAGAAUUAAAGGUAGAGGAUGAAUGUGAGAGUUUACCCGAGGAAACGGAGGAGGGGGAUGUGGAAGGCGAAGAAAAGGAGAAUCGUUGUUGUUGCCCAUCUCAAGACUGUGGUGAAAAGGGCAAAGAAACUGAAGAUGCGGUUGUGGUGAAUGAGACUUUAGAGGAGGAGAAAAUCUCCAACAAAAAUGUUCAUAAACCUGAGGUGCUGAAUUGUUCGACGGAUAUGAAAAAGUUAGGCAAAGAAAACAAACAAGAAAAGCGAAAUAACAUUCUUAAGCAUGUACAGAUCAAAAAGAAAGUUUGUGAUUUGGAGGAGAAGGUCAUAGAGUCCUCAGAUCCUCCAGCUGGUAUGGAGGUGGAAGUGAAAAAGGAGAAGGAGGAGGUCCCUGUCGAAAAAAUAGAGGAAGGACAAGAUGCGAGCAAGGAGGGUGUGAAAGAGGAAAUGGAAGAAAAUAAGGUAAACAUCAAAACAGAGAUGUCGGAUGACCUAUUGGGUGUAUGUGUAAAAACUGAAAGUGAUGUGGACAGUCUUUCAGGCCAAUGUUGUGGCAAACGAUCUCAUGAGGAGGUGGAACUUGAGGAUGAAUCUUAUCAGCGUGAUGAACCGCCUCUUAAUGUUAUUACAGACGCACGAGAUGAACUUGGCCGACGCUGUAUUUGUAUAUCAAACAUAUUCCGUAGCUUAUCGUGUGUGCCAGGCAACGAUGCCCAAAUGUCAAAACAUGCUGGUUUAUUAUUUACAUUUGGUAAGCUGUUACAACUACAUCACCGUCAUCUACCUCGCAACACGACCCGCAAAAAAUUUGAUCGGGACGAGAGUGAGCUGGAGGACUUGAUGGACUCGAGUCAUAUCGAGGCGGAGUGGUGGUGGAACUACCUCGCUAUGUUAAGGGAGAAUACACUAGUGAUAUUUGCCAACAUCAGUGGACAACUUCGUCUGUCAGGCUACCCCGAGGAGAUCUGUAUGCCUAUCCUGGAUGGUCUGCUUCACUGGGCAGUGUGUCCAUCAUCGUGUGCAACAGACCCCCUCCCUUCCACACCUUCAUCCGUCCUGUCCCCUCAGCGACUGGUCCUCGAGGCCAUGUGUAAACUCUGUAUUCAUGCUGCAAAUGUUGACCUGCUGUUGGCUACCCCACCGUUCAAUCGUAUCAUUCAGCUUUUCAGCAUCCUGGCAAAGAUGUUGGCUAACCGCAGCGAGCCUGUGACUCUCGAGUUUGCCAUUGUGUUGUUAUCAGAGUUGGUUCAAGGGGAUGAUAGUGCUGUAAGGGCGAUUGCUUUGCAGCAUCCCACCAUCUCCCUACUGCUAGACUUCUUAGAAACAGCAGAACAGAAAGCCAUGCAGGUAGUCAAUCUUCACGGUAUAAACAUCUUGCGGGAAAAUCCCGAAAUGAUGGGCACCAGUUUGGACAUGCUUCGUCGUGCAGCAAACAUUCUGCUUCAUCUGUCGUACAACACGGAAAAUAGACGCUUAUUUGGGCAUCAUCAGCAGAGGCUACUGUCCUUAGUUAUGUCUCAGAUUCUUGACCAGGUCGUGGCUCAAAUUCUCUCGGACGUCAUGUUCCAGUGCUUUCAAAGCGACUCCUAGUACUUUUUACAUAUAGUUAUUAUCUACGCUAUUAUCAUUAUUACAAUACUUCUUCAAAAAAGGUGAAAAGUUGCAUUGUUAUUGGAAAAGAAAUAUUAAAGCCCAAGUUUUUCAUACGUCAUGUAUGUGUAUAGUAAAUAAUAUAUUAUUACAUCCUCAUUGUAUAUGUAUCAUUAUUAAAGUUUGUUGUUGUAGCAACAUCAUUCCCGUGUGUGCACAUAAAAGUUGUACAGUGUAUAUGUUCAUCAUCGCCCAAAGUUUGUAAAAUAGAUGAAGGAAAUGUUACGUGCAAGCUACUAGUGUAUAUUCUGACAAGAAACUCGCUGAUUUGUUCAGCAGGAAAGUGUUGGUAUUUUGUAAUAUACAAUGAUACUGCCAGUCAUUUUUUGCAGUCAAUUCCCACUUCUUCAGUUUUGUGCGAGCCAUUUCUUCUGUCAACUGUUGUGUGAUGUAUGUGACCACAGAGAAAAUAUAUAUCCCAUAAUACACAUUACAGUCGAUUCAGCAUUUUUAUUUUUCUACAUCAGCUCAUGAUGAAUAGUUACUCGCAUUUUUUUUUUUCGAAAGAAAAUGAAUUGAAGGUCUUCUGAUUUGUUACCAUGUAACAUGGAGAAUACACAACAAAAUUACUGAUUAUUGUACAGAGAAAUUAAAGAGUGCAUCAAACAAGGUUGAUAGAAUUCGAUAAUUGGAGAAUGUAUAUUUCAAUUAAAGAUGCGUGGAGUUGUAGUAGUUAGCUUCCCAGGGUGACGAAAGGGAGCGAAUGCUGUACAAAUGAAAGUUUCUAGUGUUUGCAUGCUGUCUUUCUGAUCAAUUUCAAAGUUGUUCAAAUGAAAUUGGAUUUCGAAAAAUUAAGUUAUCAUUUACAUAUUUAUAUGAUAACCAUUAUAUUUUUAUUAUUUACUUACCCUUCGAUUUCAAUUUUCCCUUUUUUAUGACUCUUUUUGGAUAGGAAGAGACGGUAUUUAUAUGAUAAAUGUUCAUUCAUAGAAUUGUUGUGUAUGUUCAUCAAUUCAUCAUUUAUCACUUUUCAGAAGUUGUAUGUAGAGAUGAAAACUGCACUGCUAAUGUAAUGUUGAUAAUAUAUCUAUAUGGAUCACCGACAAAAUGUGUGUAGAUUUUCGUUUUGUAGUAAAAUAUUUCAUCAUUCAUUUUUCAUCCUGUAUUUCUGAUAAUCAUCUUUGUGCAGCAGCUUUAUACUGUAUGUCAACAAGAUUCAACUAAAUAAAUGUAAAUAUUUUAA